UUAAAAAUAGAUACAGCCCCAUUCCUCUUAAUGCUCAGCUGUUGAUUGAAGGGAAAGGUGUAAGAAUUUCAUGAAAGCCUUUAAUUUCUUCACCCAUGCACCAAUUUGAUUCUGCUCAGGAGAACGAUGAAACACAUCUUGCAUUCAUCAAAUGCCAGUUUCUAAAAAAAUAUAUAUAUAUAGAUUUACGUCACUGUUGAAUUCAGUGCGAUUUGUAAGCGAAUCGCGUGCAGUCGUUAGCUGGACAAACAAACUCGAAUAGCCUACAUUUACACCCGGGAUUUUAGGAUUACCUUUCUAACCAGUUGUUUCGACGUGGACUGAAGCACAAUUAAGACAGUGGGUGCUUUUGCUUACCAAACGAAUAGUUUUUAAUCAUGGAGUUUAAAGUUGAGGCGCAUCGGAUUAUGAGUAUUUCACUCGGGAAGAUUUAUAAUUCCCGAGUGCAACGUGGUGGUAUCAAACUACACAAAAAUCUACUGGUCUCCCUCGUUCUACGGAGUGCCCGGCAAGUAUACCUGAGUGACUACUACGGCGGCAUAUGCCUGAGCGCCCAGCAAGCAAGAGAGUGGUGUGAGGGGGAGUACAUGGCUUCAGAACAAGACAAAUUGGUCCCCGGUUCGACAGAGAGCCUGUCUGAAUCGGAUGAGCAAAGCAAAGUGGCGGUGGACAAGCAGGAGCCCAGAGAUGUGGUCGAAUCCCCGGCGGCACUCCACAUAGAAGCUCAAGCGAGUGGCGAGCAAGACAGCGCCGAAAAUGGAGUUUCGGAUUCAGGAUGUAGCGACAUCAAAAUCCCGGAAGAGAGUCCGGAGGCUACUCAGACAUGUGAGGUCGCCAGUGUUGUUACUGCUAUCUCAUCCAACUGUAUCAGUGUUCCCUCUCCGAGUGAUCCAAAAGGGGAAACGGAGACGCCGACAGACUGCCAGACGGACAGCAGUGAAUCAGCGGAGAAACAUUCGUACGAGCCCAAAGCGCCCCAGGCUUACACUAACAGGAAACGGACUGCCGAUGACUCUGAACUCACAGACUCACCAACGAAAAGAACGAAACUAACUUCCACAUCUCUACCUUCUACAAACGAUGAGAAUAAAGGGGAAACUGAAGAAAUGGAUACUAGCAAUGUAUCGAGUUUGAUAACAAUAUUCGGUUCCAGUUUUUCUGGACUCCUGAGUAACAAAGAGGGAGAGCAGCCUGACUCCGAGGCAGAGGACAGUGACUCUGGGCAAAUCUGUUGUGAUCAAAUGCUCAAAAACCUCAACCCUUGGAGUACUGCAAUUGUUGCUUUUUAAACUUUGAAACUGUGAUUUUGAUAUCCUACUUGGGGGAUUUUAAUAGGGAUAGAACGGAGGUUUCAUCAACUGUUGCAGUUCUAACCCCACGUGGUGGAACGUGGAAGACAGUAGUAAAUUGGAAUUCCCCAAAAGAUCACAACGAAAGUAGGCCUACUGUUGUAGCUAUUUACAUGGGAUUUCUGUUGAAAGGAUGCGAGCAAGGUGGCAUUUAGAGGAGCGAUACUAAUGUAAUCAGUGGCUUAUGAUAGUUAACUCUUAUCUGCUCCUACACAGGUCAGCUACAGUAUUCCAAAAGCCCCGAGUAUCAUUUAUUAAAAUGUAUCCUUAACAAGGGUAAUAUUACAGGACUGAAUGUGACCACUCAAUGCUGACGUCAUCUGACGUUUAUCUGUCAGUCACUGUCUAAUGUCUUUGUUUUAUAAAGACUUGUACAUUUGUAAUAUUGUGCCUGUAAAUACUGUUUUCCCAUGUCCUAUUCUGAAUUUAUGUAUUUUUGUAUCUGCCAUGGAUUAUGAUAAUUGCGUGAUGCUCACGUAUUAAAACAUUUUGUUUAACAAUU